AUGGUAUUUAAUUCUAUGCAUUAACUCUGUAAAAUAAAAAAGGGCGUCAAAGGACUUGCAAAAUCGGCGCAUACACCCGUGCAGAUGAUGGUCACAUAAUUUCCCCCCAUUCGAGGGCACCUGAAUGCACCUUGGCUUUUGUCUUCCCUGUGACGUUCUUUGGGCGGGCGAUUUUAAAUAUCUUUCUCGCUUUUUCCUCACAAAUAUGUUGACUGUGAGUCUGUUUUACACUUUAGCUUACUGUCAAAUACGUAAGUAAGGGACAUAAGCUAACUUGAACUAGCAGGUACUAUGCUUGAUGGUAUUAGCAGUAAACAGUGUCCAGAACAUUUACUGCUUGCUAAGCUAAAGCUAACAACAUGGUUAUCUGAAGCGCUGUUCUAUUGAAUAGCAUAGCCCCCCCCCACAAAAAAGUCAACUUUUUCUCCUUAGGAGCAGCCGAAACAAUGAAUCACACGGUGAACAUAAAAGAAUUGCUGAACACACAGUCAACAGGAUGCAGAAAUGGAGCCACCAACUUUACAGAUUCUCAGUUUUUCUUUGGGUCCCAAUUUUGGCGGGAACAUUCUCAAAGUCUUUCUCAGGAUAAGAGUUUGUCAUCCAGGAACUCCCAGCAAAGUUCACAAGAGUGUAGCGACACCAAGAUUUCAACCAAUUAUCAGUCCAAGCCUCUCCUGUUUGGAGACACAAAGAACAAACAAACACUUUUGGAUACAUUUGAGGAGGCAAAGAAAAAAGCAAAAGAAAAAAAUGACAGUGAUAGGUUUGCAAAAGAAUGCCUUCAAAUUCACGAAACCCUAACCAAAAAUGGAGACAGCAGCACAGAAUUUGCCGCAAAUAUGCGAAGUGAUGUGGAUUGUCUGAGACGGGAGCAAGAAGAAGCCAGUUCGAAGCAAGAAAGCAUGCUUGAGGAGGCCUUGCAGAUGCUGAAUGCCUUAGUUUCAGAGCACCCAGGUAAGCUCUGUUCUGUUAAAGUAACUGACAAAGCCAUGCAGACAUCACCAGGACAGGACAAAGGGACCCAAAUGGCACAGAAUUCCUGUACACCAGACAGUCAAGUUCCUGAUCUGGAUAUUGCUGUUAAAAUGAGAAAGAAGAAACCCACAAGCAGAUACAGAAGGAGACCUCUGGUCCGACACAGAUCUAAUCACAUUGUCGUGGAAGAAAACAGUCAACCUGUCAUGGACUGCAGCAAACAGCGAAAUGUUUCGAGGCCUCUCAGACAGUCUCCUGGCCUGAGUAAAGUAAGCGCUCAUGGUCCAGAGAGUUUAGUACAGUCGAACACAAAGAGCAGAUCCAGUGAAACUGCUGGAUGUUUCAUCACACCUCUCAGCUGCUGGUCUCAAGAGAGUAGCGGCUCUGAAAGCCCCAGAAAAGUCAAUUGCAGCUCAGAGAUAGUGCUACGUGACUCCAGUCCUCCUGAUGCCCUGUGGCAGCUGUUUUUGUAGAAGAUGAGUCAACGAUGUUUAUUAUUGAUUAUUUUGUCAAAACAAAGCCAUUUGGUUAUGGUUAUUUAUUUGGUCGGAUAAGAAGUAUUGGCUGAUACUAAAUGCAUACAUGACACAUUUCCCAAAAACCAUGAAUAGAGUUUAUUAUAAAUAUCCUAUUGUUAAGAAACAAGUAACAACUUUAGUUACUUUGCUCACAUUUGAAUUUAACUUAUUCUGUAUUGGUGCUGUUGACUUGUCUGUUCAAAAUAAAGCGUCAAUCACAUAUUUUAUGUGUAUUCAAAAAGUGAAGGGUGAUUACCGGUAUUGUUUGUGCUGA